UUCGCGGACGCCGGCGCCCGGAAGGUCAGCGUGUGAAGGAGUCCCUGGAAGCGCUGCUCCCCGCUGUUCCUGAGGAGGAACGGCCGACGAUCGCGGCCUGAGGCGGUGGUGAGAAGAGACGGGCAGUUCGCUGCAAGACCAUGGAGGGCGGCGGGGGAAGCGGCAACAAAACCACAGGGGGCUUGGCCGGCUUUUUCGGAGCCGGCGGAGCGGGUUACUCGCACGCGGACUUGGCCGGCGUCCCGCUGACGGGUAUGAAUCCUCUGUCUCCUUAUUUAAAUGUGGAUCCACGGUAUCUUGUGCAGGAUACAGAUGAGUUUAUUUUACCAACCGGAGCUAAUAAAACCCGGGGCAGAUUUGAACUGGCCUUUUUUACCAUUGGAGGAUGUUGUAUGACAGGGGCUGCAUUUGGGGCAAUGAACGGUCUACGGCUAGGAUUGAAAGAAACCCAGAACAUGGCCUGGUCCAAACCAAGAAACGUACAGAUUUUGAACAUGGUGACCAGGCAAGGGGCACUUUGGGCUAAUACUCUAGGUUCUCUGGCUUUGCUUUAUAGUGCAUUUGGUGUCAUCAUUGAGAAAACACGAGGUGCAGAAGAUGACCUCAAUACAGUAGCAGCUGGAACUAUGACGGGCAUGUUGUAUAAAUGUACAGGUGGUCUUCGAGGGGUAGCACGAGGUGGUCUAGCAGGACUAACACUUACUAGCCUCUAUGCACUAUAUAACAACUGGGAGCACAUGAAAGGCUCCUUGCUCCAACAGUCACUCUGAAGAUUUUGCCAACUUGUGAAUAGAGGACACUUUAGUAGUUAUCCAGAUCAAUUUAUGAGUCAGUCUGGAGUUCUCUCUUAUACCUAAAAUUAGUUUGAAAAAUUGUGCAGAUUCUGAUUUGCUGUGAUGAAGAUGGCUGACCAACUGGCUCUCCUUCCAGCCAUUAGUUGAGGCCAAAACCUUUCAGUGGCUGAGUAAUCUGGUUCUUUGAAGAUCUUGCACCUGUUCUGUUACCCUCCAAACUGGAAAACCACUUACUCCCAUAAUUGAGGUCAUUCUUAUUGUCAAUACUGUAUCACCACGUUUGUUCAUUUAAUGAUCCUAAACUGUAAUAUUGCCCUGUAUUCCCAAUAAAGGGUGAGAACAGAACCAAAGUCCACUCCAGUGGAAACAUAGUGGGUGUCUCCGUUUAAAAGCAUCGUUCUG